CCCAUUUGGCACCCGCCAGUUCCCCACCUGGAUUCAUCUCCCCCUUCCCAGUGGACUGGUCUAUGUAUGCCUGAGUUCAAGAUCUCCGCUUCUCUAGAGGGCCACGGCGAUGAUGUUCGUGCCGUGGCCUUCCCUAAUGCCAAUGCUAUAUUUUCAGCCUCGCGAGAUGCAACAGUCCGACUCUGGAAACUAGUGUCUACCCCGCCUCCGUCUUAUGACUACACUAUCACCUCUCACGGCUCGGCCUUUAUCAACGCCCUGGCCUACUAUCCACCAACCCCCCAGUUCCCCGAUGGACUUGUCCUCUCCGGUGGUCAAGAUACCAUCAUUGAAGCCAGACAACCAGGCAAAGCUGCUGACGACAACGCGGAUGCUAUGCUUCUAGGCCAUACCCAUAAUGUCUGUGCACUAGAUGUAUCACAUGAGGGUGGAUGGGUCGUCAGUGGAAGCUGGGACUCUACAGCUAGGCUGUGGCAGGUGGGCAAAUGGGAAUCCGAGGUGGUGCUGGAGGGCCACCAGGGAAGCGUUUGGACAGUGCUCGCCUAUGACAAGGAUACGAUCAUCACAGGCUGCGCGGACAAGGCCAUACGCAUAUUCAAUACAUCUGGGACCCUGCUGAAAACGAUUAAUGAUUCCCAAGACGUCGUGAGGGCCCUUUGCAGGGUGCCCGCCUCAAACCCCACCGGUGCUCAUUUUGCUUCUGCAAGCAACGAUGGAGUGAUUCGACUCUUUACCAUACAAGGUCAACUAGUUGGCGAAAUCCAUGGUCACGAGAGCUUUAUCUACUCUCUGGCCGCUCUUCCUUCGGGCGAGUUGGUCAGCUCCGGAGAGGAUCGAACGGUGAGGAUCUGGGAAGGUACGCAGUGCGUACAAACGAUUACGCACCCUGCUAUAUCUGUUUGGAGCGUUGCAGUAUGCAAGGAUAACGGCGACAUAGUCACAGGAGCCAGUGACCGGAUCACACGGGUCUUUAGCAGAAGCCAGGAGCGAAUGGCGAGUGCUGAGGUUGUGCAACAGUUCGAGAAGACUGUGAAGGAGUCCGCAAUCCCGGAGCAACAGGUCGGAAAGAUCAAUAAAGAUAAGCUUCCGGGUCCGGAGUUUCUCAGGCAGAAAUCCGGCACCAAGGACGGACAGGUGCAGAUGAUCCGUGAGGCUGAUGGCAGUGUUACUGCUCACACUUGGUCAGCAGCGUCACGAGAAUGGAUCGCAGUCGGCACUGUGGUUGAUUCCGCCGCCAGCAGUGGAAGGAAAACGGAGUAUCUGGGCCAGGAUUACGACUAUGUGUUUGAUGUCGAUGUGGAAGACGGCAAACCUCCUCUCAAACUUCCAUACAACGUCUCUCAGAACCCCUACGAGGCUGCGACAAAGUUCAUCCAGGAUAAUGAACUGUCGAUGAACUACCUUGAUCAGGUCGCGCAGUUUAUUGUCCAGAAUACUCAAGGUGCGACUCUUGGUCAGGCAUCACAGGAACAAACGCCUGCCAGUGCCGAUCCCUGGGGUCAAGAGAGGCGUUACCGUCCUGGAGAUGCGCAAUCGCCCCCCGUCCCCGAAGCUCGGCCAAAGGUCCUUCCGCAAAAGUCAUAUCUUUCCAUCAAGUCCGCCAAUCUCAAAGUAAUCGCCAAGAAGUUGCAAGAGCUUAAUCAACAUGUCAUAUCCUCCGGGUCGAAAGAUGUAUCGUUGAGUCCUUCGGAACUGGAAACGGUGGCAACCUUGUGCGGUCAGCUCGAGUCUUCGAAUAUCGAGGAUUCCCCAGCAGUGGAGGCUGGAGUUGUCUUACUAUACAAGGUUGCAACAGCCUGGCCCGUCGCAAGCAGACUGCCGGGCUUGGACCUUCUCCGCUUGUCCGCAGCCGCAACUCCUGUGACUGCCACUACAGACUACGGUGGCAAGGACCUCAUCUCCGGACUUCAAUCGAGUGGCGUGUUUGAUACUCCGCUCAAUGUUAAUAAUGCGAUGCUGUCCAUUCGCAUGCUCGCAAAUCUGUUUGAAACAGACGCCGGGCGUGAAUUAGUCAUGAGCAGAUCCGAUCAAGUCUUGAACGGCGUCAAGUCUGCUCUGACCAACAGUGGGGCGACGCCAAACCGGAAUCUUACCAUUGCUGUAACGACACUCUACAUUAACUUUGCCGUUUACUUGACUUCUGGCGGCAGGGAGUCUAUGCCCGAGUCAUCGGAACGGGCGCUGGUUCUCCUAGGGGAGCUGGCAGCGAUGAUACGUGGUGAGAAGGAUUCCGAAGCAGUAUAUCGUGGCCUUGUUGCUCUGGGAACUCUUGUGAAGGGGCUCGGCGAGGAAGUCAGGACUGCUGCCAAGGAGGUCUACGACGUCAGUGAUGUACUAAAGAAUAUCUCUGGCUCUGGCCUUGGUAAAGAACCAAGAACCAAGGGUAUCAUGGGCGAGAUUCGGGAGGCGCUGUCAUGAGGAAUUUCUUGCCUUGGGGGCCAUCUGUGUUCUUCUGCUGUCUAUAGCACGUAUACAACAUUUAGUGAUAGCGAUACACACUACAUUGCAUGAAUUUCACAUCGGACAUGUUACGGCCACACUCA